GUCUUUGUCUUCUCCCAGCAGUUCAAUCCACACAACUGGCGCAGGACGGACCCCAAUCUUCUGGAGGGGGGAAAAAAACGUGGAUGGCGUGAUUUGAUGAAAAACAAAAAGAGAGAUAAAAUUUAAAAGAGAGCGUCCGGUGAAGGAAACAAAGCUGCUGGAAUCUCAGCUGAAGGGUUGACGGAUUUCCUGUCCUGUGAGCAAAAUGAGCUGGAGUUUCCUCACGCGCCUACUGGAUGAGAUUUCCAAUCACUCCACCUUUGUGGGUAAAAUCUGGCUCACCCUUCUCAUCGUCUUCCGGAUCGUGCUGACGGCAGUCGGUGGCGAGUCCAUCUACUAUGAUGAACAGAGUAAAUUUGUGUGCAACACACACCAACCUGGUUGCGAGAAUGUGUGCUACGAUGCGUUUGCGCCGCUUUCGCACAUUCGCUUCUGGGUGUUCCAGGUGAUCAUGAUCACCACGCCUACCAUCAUGUACCUGGGGUUCGCCAUGCACAAGAUCGCCCGCAUGGACGACGACGACUACAGGCCCCAGAGCAGGAAGAGGAUACCCAUUGUGAGCCGAGGUGCCAACAGGGACUAUGAGGAGGCGGAAGAUAACGGGGAGGAAGAUCCUAUGAUCAUGGAGGAAAUUGAGCCGGAAAAGGACAAGGAAGUCGCACCAAAGCCCAAAAACAAGCACGACGGACGGCGUCGCAUCAAGAGAGAUGGCCUGAUGAAGGUCUACAUUUUCCAGCUGCUGUCGCGCGCCAUCUUCGAAGCUUCCUUUCUGUUUGGACAGUACAUCCUUUACGGGCUGGAGGUGUCGCCGUCGUACGUGUGCACCCGCUCUCCGUGCCCGCACACAGUGGACUGCUUUGUCUCCCGCCCCACAGAGAAAACCAUCUUCCUGCUUAUCAUGUAUGCUGUCAGCGCUCUGUGUCUGCUCUUCACCGUGCUGGAAAUCCUUCACCUCGGCUACAGCGGGCUACGCGAAUGCUUUUGCUCUCCAAAGCCUCGUCCGCGUCGCUCUCCUCGCCAUUCGGCUCUCCCCAGCAAUAGAUCCUCCUUCUCCCGCCAGCCCUCAGCACCUCCAGGCUACCACACCACUGUGAAGAAGGACCCGUCUGGGAAAAUGACCUUCAGGGACAACUUGAGAGACUCUGGCCGCGAGUCUUUCGGCGAUGAGUCGUCGUCGCGGGAGCUGGAGAGGCUCCGCAGACACCUAAAACUCGCCCAGCAGCACCUGGACCUAGCAUAUCAGAAUGAGGAGAGCAGCCCUCCUCGCAGCAGCAGUCCAGAGUCCAACGGCACUGCGGCAGAGCAGAACCGGCUCAACUUUGCCCAGGAGAAGCAGACCAGCACCUCAGACAAAGGUCUCCGGGCGUAACCUUCCAGCAGCCGAUCCGAACAAACAUGGAGGAAGAGGAGGAGCAGUGAAAGUAGAAGGGAACUGAGCGGGGAGUGCUCAUGCAUGAUGGGACAUUGACUUUGCUUGAGGCGAAUGAGUACAGUCCAGGCCUUCCAGUGUUUACGACCAGCUGUGGUUGACCAUCAAAUCCAAGGAGAACAGUCACCUGGAGGCACCGACCUGCAUGAAGAUCCAAAGUGCUUACAAACUGCCAUCGUGCAACUAGAAUGAAUCGCGUGUGCAUCUCCCUCAGGGCAGCUAUUCCUUUUUAUACAAAUAUUUUUAUUACACUUUUCUUUUUUUGUAUGACAUUUUUGUCAAGUGUUGAAAGUUCAGUUUGUGAAUCUCAAGUUUGCCUUACACCUAAACUGGAACUUGAUUUUUUUUUUUUUUUAAAGUAGGGCCAAACCAGUUGUGCAAGUUUGUAAGAGUUUUGUAUUUGUGAGAGUUGAUGACUGUAGUUGCAAAAGGAAAAGGUACGGGGGGGGCUUAUCGACAUAAACUUAAAGGUGUUGUCCCACAAGGGCGUCGAUCAAGUGUGUUUCUGUUCGCCGCUUGUGAUGGUGUUGUCACUGCGCCGGUCAGCAUUCCCACGUCAGUCUUCAUGGAUGUGAAGCAGGAAAUAUGGCAUUAGGACAUCCGGGGUCGGGUAAAACUGCCUACUGUUCAAGGCAGGAUGUUUCCGUUAGUAACAAAACUGUCUUUAAUCAAAAUGGUUUCAUCUUCGAUUUUCUAUUUAUUUCCCUAGAAAAUGAACAGACGUACUUAUGUUAUGUAUUUUUUCUUUUUAGAUUUCUGGUAUUGGCAGAGGAUGUGCAGCACAGCUUUUGUUUUAUGAUUUUUUUACUAUUUUCUUUGAUUCUUUUAAAAAUAUUUUGGGGGUUCUGUUACCACAUUUUAUCGCUUCAGAUUCAUCCUCGCAUUGCUCCGUUUACAUGAAUGUUUUUGCAUCCAUUUUCCAAAAAAAACAAGCAAAAAAGAUGGUUGAUCUUCCUUAGAGAGAGCCUGGUAGAACCUGCUUUUCUUGCAGUUCAGGCCUUUUGGAGGAAGUUGAACACACUUGAGGUGCCUUUGUCCAAAGGAAUAAACCAACCUGGGUAAUGCUUGAAAAACGUGAUGUUAUGUUUUGCUCUAAAUGUUUAUUGCUGUUCUGUUUUUUUUUUUUUUACGUCUAGUUGUGGGGUGUUGUCACUGUGGCCAAAGUUUCUUUACGUUAGUCCUAUUCCACUGCUGUCAAUAGCUGGGCGCUUCAAAGGCAGCCGUUUAUUGACGUUAAUUCCAGCCUGUUGCUUCUUCUGUUAAGGAAUUAGUUGAGUUUGACCAGGAAAUGUUUACUUCUCACCGUAAACUCUUCCAUGUUUUAUUUUUUUCAAGACGUGAAAUGUUGAUUUUUGACGUUCCAGAGUCUAGAUGAGGGUUGGGAAGAUAAAAAUGUGAAUUCCGUGCCUUGAGCGCACUCUUAAGAUGCCAUCUUUUGUAUUCAAAACAAAACCCACAGUGCCAACCUAAAUAUGUUCAUCUCAUUUAUUUUUGAAAUGUAACUUUUUUUAGUGUUUUUUAUACCUUUUUUUGUAUUGCUAGUACUUUGUGGUUAGUUUUUGGAAUAAAAUUGUAAAACUAUAAAGAAAA